UGAGGGCGCGGUUAAUAAAAUAGCCCUCUUUCUCUUUCUGGUUCAAUCGGCGGCGGGAAGCCCAUGUUUUCCAUCUUCGUCGGCCAACGGAACGGGAACGAGGCUGCGGGAAAACAGAGGGGUGUCGGAGGGUCAUACUGGAAAUCCGGGGAUAGAACCUUCCCACUCGAUGAGUGGAUAAAUCCCGUCCUCGGGCUGUCCCAAUUUCAAGUCGAGGUCGAUAGCCUGUUCAGCGGAAGGAUUGAGCGGUCGGGCCGGUCUUCUUCGUAUUGAAGGAGGGGCCGGCCUCCUCCCCCUGAUCCACUCUUCUUUUUCUCGACGAUGACUCAGGAUUGGAUAAGCCUUCGUCUUCAUCUUGCUCGUCCUUAGAACUGCAGAAAAGAAUAACAGGAAAUCCGAAAAGAGCACUGACGGCAAGGGGAGUCGCCGGUCUACGCCGCACUGGUGGUGGACUAGGGCUAGGCCAGCAGCUUUCUAGCUUGAAGAACGAGGGCUUGGCUCUUGGGCUGGUUCACUAUGGUUGGAGUUGGGCUUGCUCUUUAAAUGUGUUCGGCUGGUCCUUUUGUGUCUGGACCUAUUAGUUGUCAGAAGCUAGGCCAUUUUAUGAACAGGGUCUUGCAGAUUCCAUGAUUUUGCGGUUGUUUUCAUCAAAAAGACAACGUCUUUUAUCUAGAGGCUUUCACAUGGGUAAGCAAUUCAAGACCCCAUGCACUGAAGAAAUUGUUUUCAAGGCAAUUUGUGUAAACUUAAGGCAAAGAAAAUGGAAAAACUUGGACCGGUUAAGUACAAGUCUCACGAAUACGGUAGUAAAUCGGGUGGCUUGGGAGUUCCGUAACUCGCUCCAGCUAACUCUGCCGUUCUUCAAUUGGGCUGGGAACAUCAAAGGGUUUUCACUUUCAUUAGAAUCUUAUUGCAUUCUAAUCCACUUGUUGGUUAACUCUAGAAGGUACGAUGAUGCCUUAUCUUUUAUGAAAACUUUGAUGCAAGAAAUGGGUUACUUGCCAUUGGAGGUUUUGAAAGGGUUGGCUGAUAGUUUCAAGACAUGUUUAUCAAACACAGCAGUUUUUGAUGCAUUGGUUAGGGCCUGCACUCAAAUUGGUGCCACUGAAGGUGCUUAUGGGGUGAUGAAGCAGUUGAGAAAAGAGGGCCACUGGGUUUCAAUUCAUGCAUGGAACAACUUCUUGAAUCAUCUGCUGAAGUUGGAUGAGACUGAUAGGUUUUGGGAAGUGUACAAGGAGAUGGUAUCGUGUGGAUAUUCAGAGAAUGUAAAUACUUUUAAUCUGGUUAUUUAUGCUCUCUGUAAGCAAUGUAAAUUGUAUGAAGCAAUCUCAGUGCUAUAUCGGAUGUUUAAGGAUGGAAUUAUACCCAAUGUUGUUGCUUUUAACAUGCUUGUAGAUGGAGCCUGCAAGAUGGGUGAUAUUGAACUUGCUGUGAAGCUUUUCAAGAAGAUGGAAAUAAUGUCGGGCAACUAUGUUACUCCAAAUUCAAUAACUUAUAAUUGUCUAAUCAAUGGAUACUGCAAACUAGGAAGGCUAUUGGUUGCAGAAGAAGUUAAGAAUGAGAUGGUCAAGGCUGGUGUUGAUCCCAAUGUGAGGACAUAUGCUACUUUGAUAGAUGGAUACUCAAGAAAUGGGAGUUUGGAGCAGGCAUUUUGGUGGUGUAAUGAUAUGGUGGAAAGGGGCUUGGUGCCUAAUGCUUUUGUAUAUAAUUCACUUGUCUAUUGGCUUUACAUGGAUGGAGAUGUGGAGGGAGCCUAUUUUGUGUUAUCCGACAUGAUUGACAAGUGUGUACAACCGGACCAGUUCACCUACUCUAUCCUAACAAAGGGACUUUGCGGAAACGGGCAUAUAAAUGAAGCUCUUAAGUGUCACAAGUGGAUUCUAGAAAAUAACCUUGUGGAAGAUGCUUUUACACACAAUAUUCUCAUCAACUAUCUUUGUCGAAACAUGCACACAGAUGGAGCCAAGCAACUGUUAGGCAACAUGUUUGUCCGAGGGAUGAUUCCUGAUGUUGUCACAUAUGGUACAUUGAUUGAUGGACAGUGCAAGGAAGGGAGAAUAGAUAGUGCACUUGGGAUUUAUGACGACAUGAUAAAAGUGGAUAAAAAAUCAAACUUGGUGAUAUAUAACUCCUUUUUGAAUGGCUUAUGCAAGGAGGGAGAGCUAGAUACGGCGAAGCUUGUGUUUGAUACAUUAGAAAGUUCAGGUUUGCUUGAUGUUAUAACCUAUAACACUCUGUUGAAUGGUUUCUGCAUUAGCAGGAAGAUUGACGAGGCAUUUCAUUUGUUUUCAAAAAUGAUUGGACAGGGGAAUUUGGUGAACAGAGUCUCUUACAAUAUAUUGAUCAACUUUUUCUGCAAGCAUGGAUAUAUUCAACAAGCAAAAGAACUUAUGGAGAUGAUGAUUCUCCAAGGUUUGAUUCCAGAUUCCAUUUCAUACACAACACUUAUCAUCAAUGUUGCCAAGAGCUGCACUAAGGAAGAAGUAAUUGAACUGCAUGACUAUAUGGUGCUUAAAGGUGUCAUUCCUGAUAGUCAAACAUUUAAGUCCUUAGUUAGCCCCCUUCUUGUGGGAAGUAUGGAAAGUUGAUGAGACAUUAGUAUUGUUAAAUUUUAAUGUUUGAUAUUAGGAUUUAGGUUUGAUUUGAAAUUUGGAAUUUAGAUUUUAAGAUUUUUGUACCCAACCCUAAAUAGUGGGAUAAAGGCAAGGCCUUGUAUGGUGUAUAAUUAUAGAAUGGCUAGGGUAGUAAUUAUGAUA